AUGGCAGGGAAACAUCUGGAACCCCUGGCAGUAAUUGGCAUAUCUCUCCGCUUUCCCGGGGAGGCUGUCACACCUGACGCCUUUUGGGAACUGAUCCUAAGUGGCAGAGCUGCAGCAAAGGAGGUUCCUCCAGACCGAUAUGACGUUGAUGCAUGGUACAAUCCAGACUACAGUCACUUGGACAGGGUGUCCCAACGGAAAGCGAAUUUUCUGGAAGGGGAUAUUGGCCAUUUCGAUGCAGGCUUCUUCUCCAUCUCUGCUGCGGAAGCCGAGGCGAUGGACCCACAACAGCGGCUCGCCCUCGAAACAGCGUAUCAUGCUCUCGAAAAUGCAGGAUAUCCCAUUGAGGCAAUUACUGGAGCAAAGAUGGCUGUUUUUACCGGUGCAUUUGGUAAUGACUACCAGAGGCUUCACGCAAAAGAUCUUAUGACCUUGCCAAAAGGUCAUGCUACUGGGACUUCUAUGAAUAUGCUCGCGAACCGAGUGAGCUGGUUUUUCAACCUCAAAGGCCCAAGUGCUAAUGUCGAUACUGCAUGUUCAAGUAGUUUGAUGGCUUUGCAUCUUGCCUGUCAGUCCAUCUGGAAUGGCGAAUCUACGCUGGGAAUGGCAAUCGGCUGUAAUGCAAUUCUCGGCUUGGAUACCGUUCUAGCCCUAGACAACCUUGGCAUCUUGUCCAAAGAUGGUCGAUCGUACAGCUUCGAUCAGAGGGGCAAUGGAUAUUCUCGCGGAGAAGGAGUGGGGGCUUUAAUCGUACGCCCACUAAGUGAGGCUAUUAAAAAUGGCGACACCAUCCGAGCUCUCAUUCGGUCCACUGGCUCCAACCAAGAUGGCAAAACACCUGGUAUAACGCAGCCUAGCAUGGAAAGGCAAGAGGAUCUCUAUCGGGAUACAUAUGAGAGAGCUGGCCUAAGCUUGGAUGUUACUCGAUAUGUCGAGGGCCAUGGAACAGGAACCGCCGUAGGCGACCCCAUCGAGGCUCGAGCCAUAGGCAAUAUCUUUCGUCCACAUCGCAGCUCAGACGAACCGGUCUACCUUGGAUCCGUUAAGUCGACCAUUGGCCACCUUGAAGGCGCAAGCGGAGUAGCCGGGGUUCUCAAGGCCAUCUUAGCGGUGGAGAAGGGAAUUAUCCCACCAAAUACAGACCUCCAGACUUUGAAUCCUAGGAUAGACGAGGAAUUCUUGCACGUGAAGGUCCCUCGGAAGGCUAUUCCAUGGCCUGUUGAUGGUAUCCGAAGGGCUUCCGUCAGCUCUUUUGGCUUUGGGGGCACCAAUGUUCACAUAGUCCUAGAUAACGCAUCAACUGAGCUCGUGAAGAAUGACCUUAGGCUGCAAGCAACCAUCAAUGGGCCAGCUAUUCCCACACUUGGGCGGACAGUGACAAGGUCGUCGGAUAUGGCAAGGCUGCUUGUGUGGUCUUUCGCCGACAAGGAAGGUAUCAUGCGGUUACAGGAGACUUGGAAGCCUUUCUUUGCUGGUCUCAAUAUCGAACCAGAAGAACGCCCUCGCUACCUGUUCCGUCUAGCACAUACCUUAUCUGCAAGGAGGUCGUGUCUUGAAUGGCGAGCGUACGCUGUUACUCAACCGAGCGACGAUUGGGCAACGAUUCCUGACAGUGUAGUUUCCCCGGGGCAAUCUAUUCCCUCACCCAAUAUAGCUUACAUAUUUUCUGGGCAAGGCGCCCAGUGGUAUGCAAUGGGUCGAGAGCUGCUUACGACAUACUCGACCUUCUAUAACAGCAUCCAGGCAGCAAACGAUUAUUUACAAACCUUAGGGUGCCACUGGAACCUGUUGGAUGCUCUGCAGAAGAGUGAAUCGGAAUCUCCAAUUAACCUUACGGACCACAGCCAGACCUUAUGCACUGCGUUGCAGGUUGCACUCGUUGACCUCCUUGAGCAAUUCGGGAUUGUUCCCAAAAAGGUCGUUGGACAUUCUUCCGGAGAGAUCGCUGCUGCAUACUCCACUCGCGCUAUCUCUCGACGUGAUGCUUGGAGAAUUGCUUUCUACCGAGGCCUCUGGAGCAGCAAUCUGGAAAAGCACAGCUACGUGCGAGGACGUAUGCUUGCUGUUGCACUGAGUGAGAAGGAAGUCCUUGCAUACUUUGACAAAGUCACCAAAAACCAUGUCCUUCUCCGGCUUACCGUAGCCUGUAUCAACGGCCCCAACAGCACCACUAUUUCCGGCGAAGAAUCGCAGAUUGAGGAUCUCAAAUCUCUCCUUGACAAUGACCAGAUAUUCUGCAGGCGAUUAAAGGUUAAGGUAGCCUACCACUCGUUUCAAAUGCAUGAGAUUGCAGCUCAGUAUGAGGCAGCCAUCGGGCCACUUGAGAAAGUGGCCGAUCAAUUUGAAGGCCACGAAACACUACAAACAUCAAGAUAUUGGGCGCGCAACUUGGUGUCACCCGUGAAGUUCUCCGAGGCCUUGAGCGUGGCAUGUGCAUCCACUACUUCACCCCCGGAUAAACUCGAUGGCAGUCAUUGCAAGUCCCUGCAGGUCCAUCAUCUGCUAGAAAUCGGUCCACACUCGGCACUACAGGGGCCUAUCAAGUCCAUUCUUGCAGAGCUGAAGCGCACCUCAGUCCACUAUCUUUCCGUGCUUAAGCGCAACGUGGCUGCUACAUCAACACUGUUAGAUGCAGUGGGAUAUCUAUGGGCAAGUGGCCAUCCAGUUGAUUUGGCCGCUUUGAAUCAGGACUCCCAGACAAUGUCAGGGAGGAAUCUUCUCUGCCUUAAUAACUUACCGGAAUAUCCCUUCAACCACAACAAGUCCUAUUGGCAUGAAAGCCAGAUCAGUCGCAAUAUCCGCAGGCCCCCGUUCGGCAAACACGAACUUCUGGGCACGCCGGAUCCUUGCUGGAACCCACUUCAGCCCCGUUGGAGGCAUAUUAUCCGGACUUCCGACACACCUUGGGUUCAGGAUCAUCAUGUAAAUGGGUCAGUGGUGUACCCUGGCGCGGGAAUGAUCCUCAUGGCGGUCGAGGCGGGGAAGCAGCUAUGUCGAGACGGACGCCAGAUACACUCCUUUGAGGUACUCGAUACAACCCUGCAUGCAGCCAUUCAAAUCCCAGGACAUGGCGAUGUGGAGACAAAUUUCUCUAUGCAGCCCGUGAGCAGCAUGCGGGCCAAAAAUUCCGACUUCUUCGAAUUCGGCCUCUAUACCGCCCUAGGGUCAUCAUGGACGACAAAUUGCACAGGCUCCAUCCGUGUGACAUAUGAAGCUCAAGAACCAGACCCGGUCAAGAAUAACCAGGUUCAACAGCGGAUUGACACACAACUUCGGCAAACACUGGUGCAAGCCCAGCAAAAGUGCGGGUCAACGGUGGAUAUCACUAAGAUCUACGAUAAUCUGAGACAAUAUGGGUACGAAUAUGGUGAAAGCUUCCAAGGAAUUACAGCUCUUUCCUACGACCAGGAAGAUGGUAACACGGUUGUGGGAUCUAUUCAUCAUCGCCUAAUUACACCCCCUUCAACACUUCACCCGACUGCUCUGGAUGCAAUGUUUCAGACAUUGCUAUGCGUCAAUGCAGGAUGUGGAGCCAAAGCUGUCCCUACCUAUGUCCCGACACACAUAAAGAGGCUACAGGUUCUGAAGAACGGGUUGCCUGGUGCAUCAGAAACCUUCAAGAUCCUGGCACAGGGGGACUUUGCGUCCUCAACUGAGGUAGUCGGCUCGAUCACCGCAUUCGGAGCCGAUUCUCAGCAGCCCAUCGUUCUUGUUGAUGGGCUCAAAUGCACAUUGCUAGAUAACGUUCGGUCCAGCAGCGAGGUAUCCACAACGGGUGGGACACUCUGUUCCGAAAUUGAAUGGAAGCCGGAUGUUCGUCUUGUUGAAAACGCUGCGAUAGAAGAAUACUGUCGGGGGAGGUCGUCCGAGACUCCCUCUCGUGAUCUCCUUAUCGAGCUUGAUUUCGUUGUGCUUGCUCGUGUAUUAGAGGCCUACCGGUUAUUCACUCUCCAGAAGAAACAACCCGCGAAGCCUUACUUGAAGAAAUACCUUCAGUGGGCCGCACACCAAAAGGAUCGUCUGGAAAAUAACGAACUGGUGUACUCUUCAGAUCAGUGGAAGAGUCUGUUACAAGACUGGAAAUAUAUUCAUGACGUUGAGAGCCGCUUGCUCGAGAAGGCGCCAAUCUCCAGGCUUCCUGUUAAUGUUGGGCGAAACCUGUUGGAUUUCCUCACCGAUGCCCUAGAUCCGCUGGAGUUCUUCUUCUCCGGUACCAUGGUCGAUGACUAUUAUGAAGGCACUAUGGCUGUGGCCGACUUCGGGACAUCACUUCCAAGGUUUAUGGACCUCAUGGCUCAUACAAACCCUGGAAUGAACGUCCUUGAGGUAGGUGCCGGGACUGGGGUUGCCACUGGAGCGUGCCUAAAGGCCCUGGGAGCUUCUGGACACCCUUCCGGCUCCAGGUAUACUAGAUGGGAUUACACCGAUAUUUCACGCUCCUUCUUCGGAAAAGCCUCUACCAGAUUUGGACAAGAGGGGUUGCGAAUGCAGUUCAAGAAGUUAAACAUUGAGGAAGACCCGGAGGAACAGGGGUUCGAAGCUGGAAGCUAUGAUAUGAUCGUUGCUGGAUGGGUUGUACAUGCGACCCAUAGUUUGGAACGCACAUUGAAUAACAUACGGAAGCUCCUUAAGCCUGGGGGGAAGCUCGUGCUGGCUGAGGUGACGAACCCGUUUCGUUCUGCGGCGUCCUUCGGACUUCUCGAAGGGUGGUGGCUCAGCUCCGAACCUUACCGUGUCUACGGGCCUUGUGUUGACAGAGCACGCUGGCAUGACGUACUUCAAAGAACAGGGUUCACAGGCUGCGACAUCUAUCUCCCCGACUUCGACGGCCAAAGUUUUCAGGAGCAUGCCGUCUUUGUCUCAACCGCCCAGCAAAGCCACGAGCCUUUGAGCUGGAACCCUAGUAUUGAGAUCGUGUACGAACCAAAUGAGGCAAAACAGCUUGAUCUUGCUAGGUUCCUCGAGCAAGAAUGUCAGUCCCGUUUGAAAUCCCGCGUGGCUUGCGUGUCGGUGAACCAGGCCUCCACUGAUACCCAAGACGUGCUCCGCGUCUUUCUUCUUGAUGUUGAGAAGUCGUCACUAUAUGAUAUGGAACAAGCCCUAUGGGCUGUGCUCCAGAAGCUCUUCACCUCUUCUGCAACAACAUUGUGGGUGAGCAAAGGAAGUGAUACCUUUGCGACCAACCCGAACCUCCACCUAAUUGAGGGUAUAUUCCGGGUUCUAACUCACGAGGACGGACGCCAGAACCGAUAUAUCUUGUCACUAGAGGGGACGACGAAUCAAGAAUUGGUCUACACAAUAAUUCAAAGUAUUCUACAUCCUCCGGCACAGGGGCUGGAUACUGAAUACACUGUGCGAGAUGGCAUGAUAUUGAAUCCGCGGCUCACUGAUAGUGCGCAGCUCAACGAAGAGGUGUCACUGCAGUUAUCGGAUCAAAUUGAGUGUGAACGAAGAUUCGGAGAUAUUCCACUGUGUUUGGACUCAAGCAGUUCCAGCAUUUCGGAGGGCUUCCGAUUUAUAGAGGCCAAAUCCACAAUGGACCUUGGAGACACAGAGGUCGAGCUUGAGAUUCAUUGUGCUGGUCUAAAUUUCCGCGACAUCCUCUUAUCGUUGGGGCAAAUCCCUUACGCGGAAGCCUGGCAGGAAGGUGCUGGCUUGGUGACCAGAGUUGGUAGCAAGUGCACCAGAUUUAAGCCAGGUGACCGAGUAGUAGGGUUUGUUCCCCAGCCAUUCCAGGCUCGAACUAUAUUCGGCGAGGACACUCCGGUGGUACACAUUCCGCCGAGGAUGUCGUAUGCCGAAGCAGCAGGAAUCCCAACGAGCUUCCUAACAGCAUGGUUCUCACUCAUAGAAGUGGGACGCAUCAGAGCUGGAGAGACCGUUCUCAUCCACUCUGGUGCCGGUGGGACAGGGCAGGCCCUUAUCCAGAUAGCCUUAUACCAUAAGGCGGAAAUAUAUACUACCGUUGGGACGGAGGAGAAGAAGAAAUUGAUCAUGGAGAGAUACCCUAUCCCCGAAGACCAUAUCUUCUCCAGUCGCUCCACUGAUUUUGCCCCAGCGAUUAUGCAAAUGACCGACGGAAAGGGUGUGGACAUUGUGGUGAACUCUCUAUCCGGAGAAGGCCUAGUACAGUCCUGGGAAUGUACCGCGCCCUAUGGGCGGUUCGUUGAAUUGGGGAAGAAGGACAUUUUGGCAAAUGCCAAACUACCAAUGAGACGAUUCUUGAAGAACGUUACUUACAGUUGCUUUGACUUGGCACUGCUUCAGCAGGAUCAUCAACGCGUGUCUCGUGCUGCUUUAGAGACGGUUAUGAACCUGAUGGACGAAGGAAAGUUAAGCCCGCAGGAUCCAACCCAUGUGUAUGGUGUCGGUGAGAUAGAAAAGGCGUACCGACACAUGCAGUCUGGCAAGAACUAUGGUAAAAUCGUGAUAGAAAUGCGUAAGGAAGAUAUUGUCAAGACAUUGCUGAAAUCGAAAUCUAAUUCUUCCUUCGACUCAAACGCGACAUAUGUGGUCGCGGGUGGUCUAGGCGGGCUCGGUCAGAGUAUGCUUACAUGGUUGGUCGGCAGGGGGGCUCGGAAUCUCCUCCUUUUAUCUCGUUCAGGCGGUAAAGGCGCCGAUGCCCAAGAGUUCCUCAGUCGACUGAAGGACGAUGGCGUCAACGCUCAAGUGCGCGCCUGCGAUGUGGCGGACGAGCGUGCUCUGCAUGCAGCAAUUGACGAGGCCGCUUCACACAUGCCCCCAAUCAGGGGCUGUAUCCAAGCCGCGAUGGAUGUCGGGUUUGAAGACAUGAGUUAUAGUGACUGGCAAACUGCCGUCAACCCGAAAGCCCAAGGAUCCUGGAACCUGCACAAGCUCCUCCCCCGUGGACUUGACUUUUUUAUCAUGCUUUCUUCCAUGAACGGGAUAGUUGGGCACGUAGGCCAGGUCAACUACGCAGCAGGAAACACAUUUCAAGACGCACUGGCACACCAUCGAGUACAGUGUGGUGAGAACGCCGCCUCCCUGGAUCUUGGGCUCUUCACAUUCACAGGACGAGUUGCACGAGACCCCAGACUCCUCAAGAUCAUGCUUGAUGUCUUCCCACACAAGCCUAUCACAGAGCCUGAGUUCCACGCGCUACUUGAUGUCUACUGCAACCCGACGCUCUGCAAAGAAAGAGGCCUUCCAUGCCAACCAUCGUUCGGGAUGCGACCACACGAGGGCGCAACAACCAAAGCCUACUGGCUUGAAAGGCCUAUGUUCCGCUACAUGGCUCAGCAGCGAUCCUCGGAGGGGCAUCGUGAGCGGCAAGGCCAGUCCAUCAAUCUUGCUUCUGCAUUCCGAGGGGCAGGGUCAAUGGCUGAUGCAACCGCUGCGGUGACCAAGGCCCUGACCGUCAAGCUGGCAAGGACCUUGUCUGUGGAGGAAGGAAGCCUGGAUGAUAAUAAGGCCCUGCAUCAAUAUGGUGUCGACUCGCUAGUCGCUGUAGAACUGCGGACGUGGUUCUCCAAGGAGGUACAGGCGGACGUUGCUACGUUUGAUAUUAUCGGUCGCGCGACGAUUACUUCCUUGGCUGGGGUUGCUACGAGUCGGAGUAAGCUGCCUCGGGGUUGGUCCUGA